GGGAGGACAAACUCAUUUUUUCCUUCCAUAGAGCAUCCUAACUAUGCACUACUUCAAUGUAUCGUCAUCUUCCUUUGUAAGAGGCAGCCGGAGAAGCAUAGCUAUACCAAAUGUCAUAAGUAUUAUUCCCUCGAUGAAAGAGUCACCUACCCUAAGCUCUAUUAUGAACUCCGAGCAUCCAACAUUCCAUAAAUGAACAAAUUCAACUGUUUAGAGGAUCUCGAAAAUCCAGUGCAAGUAACAGGAUAUUUAAAUGAGAAAAAGAUAAUCAGCUAUACGACGUAUAACACAUAACUUUAAAUUGUUAUAAAAGUUAAAUUUUCGGUGGGUUUGAUCAUUUUUGUAUAAUAUGCAACUAUGUUUCACAAUUAUGGUCUCUCUUAUCUUGUUGUAGAGUUUUCCUCGUUAAGCUGUUUGAGACUUUUAGUUCUAUCUCAGGAACUAGCUUUUAAACAUUAUAAAUUAAAGCAAUUUUCUUUAAUAAAUAUGUUAUAUAGAAACACACAAACUUGAUUAAAUAGCAUAUAUAUACAUAUAUAAUUUGAUGAAAUCUGAAAAUUGGGAUUGAUCAUGUUAGACAAAAAAGAAGAAAGAAUCUUGUAAUUAUAGAAAGCAACGAUUUCCCCCAGAAUUGGCUUAUAUAAGCUAAUCUAAUAAAAUUGUUGACAAAAAAAAAAAAAAAAAUCAAUGAUUCCUUCAUUUCAGGUCGUCAUCGUACAAUCGUGUGAUUGUAAUUGUUUGAACUCAGUCACACCUUGGAGCUUUUACUUUUUCGUUGGCCCUUUUGUUGCCACAAAGUUCCUCCCGAGUCUCCUACACAAAAAUCACAGUUUCAACGCUAAAAAGCUAUAUAAAAAAUUCCCUCUUGAAAAAAAAAAAAAAAACCAAAAUAAAUCCAAAACAAUGUAUUCUUUAUCCUCUGAAUCAAAACGCUUCAUUCUAGUCCCUAUCUUGGUCGUGGUGGCCGCACAACUCCUUCUCGUACACAGCGUUUCUUCACUAAACCUUACCAAUUCGUAUCUCCAGCACAAAUGCUUAGUCAAUCAAGGGAAAUACAAGCCGGGAAGCCAGCACGAGAAAGCCCUCAAUGAUAUCAUACAAAGCUUUUCAAAAGAUUCGGAAGGUUUUCAUACCGGUUUCAGCAUGGAGGCCUAUGGUAAAGAGCCUGAUAUAGUCGCCAUCACCUACCAGUGUCGUAUCGAUUCUCGCGGGCCCAAGUGCCACUCCUGCGUUGUCACCGCCGGUUCUGAGCUUCUUCGUAAGAGAUGUCCGAGAGAUAAAGGGGCAAUAAUAUGGUACGACCAAUGUCUUGUGGACUUUUCUUCGUUAGAUACUUUUGGGCAGAUCAAUUACGACGACAACUUCUGUAUGCCCAGCACGAAAAACCUGAUCGGCGAUUCGAUUUCUUUUGAAGAAAGGUUGCGUCUCCUCGACAAUCUGACAGAGAUGGCCGUCACGAAAAUAGAUAGAAACAUAAAAGGUAUAAAAAAAGCAGUACUGUAUGCGGCGGGGGAGAGGAGACUCGGGAAGAAUAAUCUGUACGGAAUGGUGCAGUGCUCUGGUGACUUAUCUGUUCAGGGUUGUAAUGAGUGUAUGACAUAUUAUACAGUGCAUUUUCAAAAUUGCUGGAAAAGCAAACAAGGAGUACGAGUUUUGAGUAGAAGCUGUAACUUUAGGUAUGAGCUUUACCCUUUUAUCAACCCCAAGGGUCCUUACUAUACCAAGUUCUAAAGCAAUUUGACUAUGUUGCUUUUAGAAUAUUUUUCUUUUCUUUUAA